AGGGGGCAGCAGGACUUCAGACCCCGCUGAGCGCCGGAGGAAGCAAAAUCGAAACUCCUCAAUGAGUUCACCUUCAGCGGAAUAGUUUGUGCCUCUUCUCCGCUCGUCUUUUAUUUCACAUCGUUCGGCGUCUCGGCACGAUGAACGGCUCCCUGCACUCCGCGGCCAACGUGGUGGACAUCAAACUGAAGCGAGGACCGGCCGGUUUGGGAUUCAAUAUAGUUGGAGGUGUGGACCAGCAGUAUGUAAUGAAUGACAGUGGCAUAUAUGUGUCCAAAAUUAAAGAAGAUGGAGCUGCAGCGUUGGAUGGAAGACUCCAAGAGGGCGACAAGAUACUGGCGAUAAACGGAGUCUUACUGAAGGAUCGGACGCACAAAGAUACGGUGGAGCUGUUCAGGACGGCAGGGGAGGACGUGGAGCUCAAAGUUCUGAAAAAGCCACGUCACAUGAACGGACCAACCGGCUCACAACCGGAUCACCAGCCUUCCGUGUCUUAUCUGGGAAUACUGGCAGUGUUGGCGGGAGCUGCCGCGGUCAUUGCAUUCAUUUACAAGCGGCGCAAUUAGGAAGCACUUUUAACGAUAGCCGACGACGUCUGUAUUUUAUUUUUAAGAAACGCCAAAGAAGUGAAAAAGAGGGAACAAAGUCUCGAGAAUAGACCUUAUGUUUUUUGAUUAGCUGUCGGUGUCGCUGAUGAGUUUCUCUGUGUGUGUUAUGUGAUUGACAGUAGCUUCUUUGACACCCCUCCUAUGCAAAAGGAUGCUCUCUUACCACAGUGUCAGUAAGGAGAAGAAGGAUGUGCACGUUCCUGCUGCUGGCCUGAGCUCCUCGGGCAGAAACAAACAGCUGCCAGUACACAGAAGUCGCAUGUACAAGUCAGACUGACACAAGCUUCAGGGUCCAUUUACAAGCUGAAAGACUGUGUUGUGUUCGGCCACUCGUAGGCCCCGCUGUACCUCCGGCGACUGAAUGGCAGAUCUGUCUGAGGGGCGACGUGAGAGGAGCCCACUGUACUAUCGAAAAUUCACGCGACUGGAAUUGAUUUUCAUUUUGCACUGUUGCGCAGUCAUGGGGAAGAGUGACGUCCAGAUGUGCCGCUCAGACUGAGCUGUGGGAUCCAAAAAAAUGCCUGCGGUGAAUGCGACGGACAAGUCGAGUGCCUUUUUCAGCCUAUUAAAAGCAAUGGAGGGGGUCUUUUAGCUCCUUGUGAUCAAAAUGAAAAUCAACCAAGUACGUCCACAAAUUUCUAUUUUUUUACCGUCGGCUAAAUCUGUAAAUACACCAAAACCAACAAGAAGUUUUAACGCUUUUUCAGCCACAAAAACAAAUCAUCAUAAUGCGAUUUCAUCUUCAGAAAUGGCUCCAUCCUUUCCUUAAACACCUUGUCACUGUAGUUCUUAAGCAAACGUCACUCAAACGGUGGGGGGGAGAAGGUGUGCAUUUGUUGGGGACUAUUUUCCACUGCGGAUUAACACUGAGUAUUUCCAGCAGCAGGAAGGUGUAUUUUAGUAGUUUUUGGAGCUUUGUGGCACGAUACUUGUUAGUAAAAUCGCUUUGUUGUUGGUUUUGGUUUCUUUAAAGGAUUUAUUUAAAGUAACAAAAGUAUAGAUUGUUACCAGAUGUGUCCAUGAAAGCAAAACAUUCAAAGUACCAACAAGUAGUUUGACUGGAAAGUUUAUUUGCAAAAUGCCGUCUGGUGACUCAGGGUGAACCAUCGAUCAUUUUAAACAAAUCAUUCCGUCAUUGGCUCAUCAGCUGAAGACUAAAACGCUGUGAUUUUGCGUCGAGGCCAGUGCUUGUCACACCGCUGCUCCUGCUGAGUGAUUUGUCUGUGUGGAAUAUGUGAAAGAGGUCAUCGAUUUGUGUGAAGGACCAAAAGCAGCUAAGAAGUGAAAUGUUUUUUUUCCUUGUUUUCUUUUUAAAUGGCCAAAGAGCAGGUGAAGAGGUGAAUUGUGUAUGCUGGGUGUUUUUUGUUUUUUUUUUUGCCCACGUCCGUCAGAGCGCAUCGAUCACGCAAACGACUCUGACUGCACGUGGUUCGUUGUCUGUAAAUACAUUUCAUGUCGCUCUGCUGAGUGGGGUUGUGAAUAUAUGCGGUAAGCCAGGAAAAGUAGAUCUGAGGCACUAAUAAAUUAUGCAAAUACUGUGUGUUUGACAUCCAUGCACCUAUUAAAAUUCAUGUUGAAUUCA